AAACUGUCGUGGAAACGGACGAGUGGGGCACCAUCUUGGUGCGCAUCAACGCGCCACCGCUCGACAAAUGCCAGUCCCGUCAUUCCUGCAUCCGCCUGGGCGAGUGCACAGCAGCAUGACGACCACAACCCAUCUCACCCAUGCUUCCACCAACAACCCGUCGAUCCUGACCGAAGAAGACAUGUGGACCAUCGAUACGAUCUUGGGCACCGAAGACCUUCUCACCCUGGAUGACGAUAUCCAGAAAGACUUGGACUUCUUGUCCGCAUCCCCCGCAAUCGCUCCAUCUAUCCUUCCGUUGACUAUCCUCACCACCCCGGAUGCGCUCAUGAACCAUGCGUUUGCGACAGAAGAAUGCUUCUCACCGCAGCCUCGGCAGCGUCCUCGCCACUCGCUGGACAUGAUGACGCUGGAGACAAUGCCUAUGGACGUACUCACGUUUGUGGACCAGCCCAGCAAACGCAAGAGCUUGGUGUCGGCGAUGGUACUGCCCGUCAUGAAGGCGCACCCGUCGAUUCCAAUCCCUCCUCGGAUCAACACGACUCACAUGAGCAACCAGAAUCCCCUAAGUCCGACAAAAUCGCCCAAAAAGUGUAAGCAGUGUAUGGCUCCAGGGUGCACCCGUCGGGCGCAGUCGAACAACCGGUGUAAAUCUCAUGGUGGCGGCGCGCGGUGCACCGUCGCUGGUUGCGGCAAGAGCUCUCAGGGCGGUGGUCUAUGCCGUGCACACGGGGGUGGAAAGAAGUGCAAGUUUCCAGGGUGCACGAAGGGCACCCAGCGUCUCGGUCUUUGCUAUCUCCACGGUGGUAUACGCCGAUGCACGUUCUCAGGGUGUGUCAAGAAAGAUCGCGGGAACGGGUUCUGCAUCAGUCAUGGUGGCGGAAAGAAGUGCUCGGCUCCAAAGUGCACCAUGCCGGUGACGAAAGGCACGACGUGCAUGAAACACGCGCCGCCACCGCCGCCCGUCGUCAAGAUGGAGCCCAUGCCGCCAGUGGUGCCCAUGGGGUCGUUCAUCGGCCGCGCGAUCGCAAUGCCUUGAUCGGUUACUUCACCAAAAUCGUUUAAGUUAUAUACACACGACAGUUUCAUUUCGAAA